GACCAGUAUAAAAGCCAGUCCAAGAGGAUGCUCCCUCAUCCACUUCUCUUGCCUUCUCCUCCUUGUUGAACAAGGUGUCCGUCCGUCCCGCAGCCAUGUCCUGCUACGAUCUGUGCCGUCCCUGUGGCCCAACCCCGCUUGCCAACAGCUGCAACGAGCCCUGCGUCAGGCAGUGCCAGGACUCCCGCGUGGUGAUCCAGCCCUCUCCCGUGGUGGUGACCCUGCCCGGCCCCAUCCUCAGCUCCUUCCCCCAGAACACCGCCGUGGGAUCCACCACCUCGGCUGCCGUUGGCAGCAUCCUGAGUGAGGAUGGUGUGCCCAUCAACUCCGGGGGCUUUGGCCUCUCUGGCCUUGGUGGCCGCUUCUGUGGCAGGAGGUGCCUGCCCUGCUAGAGCCGGCCUGGACGUCCAGCGAGCGCGUCGACCAGCAAGCCCAAAGCCAGGUGCCGGACUGAGGACGGAGCUGCUGGCCAGAGUUUCCAGAGGCACUGAGCCCCCUCGUGCCCUCCAGCAAAGCAGGGAGGGAAGCCAGG